AUGAGAGUGGAGGCAUUUAUGAAAUUGCAUUGGAUGAGAGCAGUGAGAUGCCACCAAAAGCAAAGGCAAGAGAAUAGGAGUUCCACUUCUCUAAUUGCAGCAAAAGGGGUCAAACCCGAAGGAAAAGGCACGGACGAGGGAUUGGAGUUUUAUUCCAUUAAGGAAUGUGAACCCAACAUAAGAACCCACAUACCCAUCAACCAACUAACCAAAGCUUCCUCCUUUUCUCCAAUGGCAGCUUGGGUUUUAUCAGAAUGUGGCUUAAGGCCUCUUUCUCCUUUAUUUCCACGGCCAACAAGACCCAUUUCGUGCCGAAAGCCUUCAAAGUUUAGACCUUUUAGUACUAACAAGGGAGUGGCAGAUCUGAAGCUCCACCCAGGAGGAUUUACAUGUUGCAACUUUAGGGAGAGAAGGUGGGAUUUGGGAGUAAGUGCUCCACUGAGGGUUGCCACCACCGAGGGAGAAGAGGAGAGCAUCAAUGGGGUUAAUGGGGUUGGAGAGGAACUACUUAACUUUGACCCUAGUGCACCACCACCCUUCAAAUUGGCAGAUGUCAGAGCUGCCAUUCCUAAACACUGCUGGGUGAAGGACCCUUGGAAGUCCAUGAGUUAUGUUGUGAGGGAUGUCAUUGUGGUUUUUGGGUUGGCUGCUGCUGCAGCUUAUCUCAACAACUGGAUAGUUUGGCCUCUCUAUUGGGCUGCUCAGGGAACCAUGUUCUGGGCCCUCUUUGUUCUUGGUCAUGAUUGUGGUCAUGGAAGCUUUUCAAACAAUCCCAAUCUGAACAGUGUUGUUGGUCACUUGCUGCAUUCAUCAAUUCUAGUACCAUAUCAUGGAUGGAGAAUCAGUCAUAGAACGCAUCAUCAAAACCAUGGCCAUGUUGAAAAUGAUGAAUCCUGGCAUCCGUUGCCAGAGAAAAUUUUCAACAGCUUGGACAAUGUAACACGUAUUUUAAGAUUCACAAUACCUUUUCCAUUGCUUGCGUAUCCUAUCUACCUUUGGAGCAGGAGUCCUGGGAAGACCGGUUCUCACUUUGAUCCAAACAGUGAUUUGUUUGUCAGCAGUGAGAGAAAAGAUGUUAUUACUUCAACAAUUUGUUGGACAGCUAUGGCUGCAUUGCUUGUAGGUUUGGGAUUUGUGAUGGGUCCAGUUCAAUUGCUUAAGCUUUAUGGCAUUCCCUAUGUGCUUUUUGUAAUGUGGUUGGAUUUGGUGACGUAUUUGCAUCACCAUGGUCAUGAAGAAAAAUUACCUUGGUAUCGUGGAGAGGAAUGGAGCUACCUUAGGGGUGGCCUUACAACUAUUGAUCGUGACUAUGGAUGGAUCAAUAACAUCCACCAUGACAUUGGAACCCAUGUCAUUCAUCACCUUUUCCCUCAAAUACCACACUAUCACUUAAUAGAAGCAACUGAGGCAGCUAAGCCAGUUCUUGGCCAAUAUUACCGGGAGCCAAAGAAGUCUAGCCCUCUUCCAUUUUACCUCAUUGGAGAACUGAUAAAAAGCAUGAAGAAAGACCAUUUUGUGAGUGAUACUGGGGAUAUUGUGUACUAUCAAACAGACCCUACAGUUAGUAAAUCUUCCACAACAGAGUGA